AUGAAACUGACGACCCCAAAAGACGGGACAACAGGGACACCAUCGAUACCAGAUGAACCUGACACAAGCUUAGGCAAACGCCUUGUGGAGCUCAUCCAAGGCAUGUUCGAAGAAACGUACAUCCCGGAUGUAUGGAGGACUGCCGAAGUCGUACCGAUCCUCAAAAAAGACUCCCACACAGACAUGAACAACUACCGGACUAUGCGCCUCAUCCCGUCAAUCAUAAAGCUACUUUGCGCCAUUCCCACGAACCGGACUCAGAGGGGCCUCGAGCAACGCAAGUUCUUCGCCCCAGGGCAGGCUGGAUUCCGGAGCCGCGAGGAGUACAUGAGCCAUGCCCUGACCCUCAUUGAAGUGGCGCAACGUCGCUUUAUUCGUGACCGACAACCAACUUACGUAUGCUUCACCGACUUCCAAAAGGUCUUUGACACGGUCCCGCACGAGGUUCUAUUUUUGAAGAUGGAACGUGCCGUAGUCUCCGGAAAGUGCUUAGCGUUCUUCCGUGCGCUCUAUGCAGACUCAUGGAUGCGCAUCCGACUGGGCGACAGCUCAAGAACCCCUUGUAUAAGAAUCCGCCGUGGACUACAAAAGGGCGACCCCGCAUCCCCGCUCCUUUUCAACAUCUUCAUCAACGAUCCGCUGAACAACUGCAGACAAUACGGACUUGAGGUGCCGUGGAUAGACUGCGGAGAGCCCGGUAAAGAGCCCUCGCAUAGGAACCGCCUCGCAGGCCUUCUAUUCGCGGACGAUGUCGUGUUGUUGGCACCCGCCCCGGAAACGCUUGCGGGUAGCAUGGAACAAGUCAGCGCCUGGGUCGAUCGCUGGAAGAUGAACGUAGGAGCAUCGAAGUGCGGCGUCAUGGUCAUCCAUGGAGACUCGCAGAGCAUUCGCAAUCGCUCGUGGCGGUUGCAGAAUCAGGAAAGUCCGAUCGGGGAAAAAUAUCGCUAUCUGCAGGGUCUGUCGCAUGCUGACGCUCGACGAAAAGGCACACGUUAA